AGUGGGGGAUUGGUGGAACCCAUCUGUCAGUCAAGCCGAUCAUCCAACCAGGGUGCUGUGGGCAGGAUCAGACCCCAGAGCUGAUGGAUGUGCUCAGGGUUACUAGACGUCCUUCACCUCCUUUCAUCUCCUCUGCAGAAUCCAUUCCAGUUCUCUCCUCUCCUUCCUGCGGUCGUGUUUUGUUUUCGGGGGAACAAUGUGUUGCUCGGUGGCUUUCGCCAGGUCUCUGGGUCUGGCACUGCUGCCUCUGGCCCUCUGCUGUAUCCUGGCCAACUUGCUGCUGCUGUUUCCUAUGGGAGCAAUCACCUACAUCCAGCAGGACCGCCUGGCCAGCUACAUCUGGUACUUUGGUGGACUAGGAGGUGGAGGACUGAUGAUGUUGGUUCCAGCUGUUGUCUUCAUCACUCUGGGGAAAUGUAGCUGCUGCUGGAACGAGAGCUUAAUGAUGUGCGGGUCCGUGUUGGCAGCUGUGGUCGGCCUGGUGGGGUCGAGCUACUGUUUCGUCAUAUCAGGGUUCGCCUUGGUGCAGGGUCCCCAGUGCUUCACCUCUUAUGGAUGGUCGUACCCAUUUGCAGACCAGAAGGGCAGGUAUCUGCUGCAGCCAGAGACUUGGUCUCGGUGUCUUCAGCCGCUUCAUAUCGUAGAGUGGAACGUGACUCUGCUGUGUGUUUUACUGGGUUUGGCUGUGCUGGAGUUCAUCAUCUGUCUCUUACAGCUGGGGAGCGGCUUAGUCAACGCCGUGUGCCGGCCUUGCUGCUACAAGCAGGAGUACAGUCUUAAUGCGUAGUCAAACACACAUGUGUAUGUAGUAUUACUUGCACAGACAUACUGUACGUGCAUGUGUACACAUAAAAACACAACACAACACAACACAACACACUAUGUAGACACACUUACACAUGCACUAUCAUGGACCUCUGACAACUGUCAGCUUUGUGUAACCACUGUAUCUUCAAGCUUUUGAGUUGCCCCGGUUAAAGUAGCAAAAGCACCAUACAGUCAUUGAUGACACCAGGAUGUUUGUCCAUAAUGAUGUAGGUGUGUGUGUGUGUGUGUGUGUAUGUGUCUGUGUGUUAUAUCUACUCCAGGUUAGGAAGAGCAGGAUAUACUUUAUUUGCUCGGAUGGUGAAAGAAAGCUCAGCAGACCCACAUGUACAAAAUAAUAAGAAAGAAUCAGAGCAUCCUUGAUCAUAAUAAUAAUAAUAAUAAUAAUGAUGAUAUGUAGUUUCCAAGAUAACAGGUUUCACUGAAGUAAUUGCACAAUUGCCAAACAACACAGUGUUAAACAUAGCACAUCUUCAGAAAGUUAACUCCUUCUUGUGUAUUUGUUUUUAUUUUUAGCGAGGCUUUAGUGACAGCUGUUCAGUCACUUCAAGAAAUCCAAUAUUCUGAAUCUUGUGGUCGCUCACUUUCUUUAUUAUUAUUAUUAUUUUGUACUGUUUGCAUUGAGGUUACUCCAUAAACCUAAUACCAGUGUUAUCACAUGAACAGAGCAGUAGCAACAUACAGAGAGUGGAGAUGAUAAUGCCUUAUUAAAUCAAUAUCAUUACAAUAGUACAUGCAAGAUGGCUGCCACAGAUUGUUUGCCACGUCCUCCAGUGUAGUUGUUGUGGGCAUUUUACUGUUCAUGGUGUUCAUGCAGGCGCUACUGAACAUUUCCUUAACUUUAGUUUUUUUUUUUGUUUUGUUUUUUUUAAAAGGUGCCAUCUUGUCUUUUCAGUGUUAUUUUGUGUUUCCAACUUUUAUACACAGUGUUGGACUACUUAUGGGUUACAAGCAAAUGUGUGUGUGUUUGUACAUUUGUUUUCAUUUUCACAGUAUUUUGUUAAAUUGUUAAAUUGUUUUCUUUAUGUCUUUCAGAUUAUAGUUAAGUGUUAAUGGACAUUUUAUAUAUAUUUUAGUGACAUAUUUUUAUAAUGUAUGUUUGUUUGUGCUGCCUUGAAUAAAAAAAAAAAACCUGUUUCCAUUUUA